CCUGCUGACAGUCAUGAAGUCCUCAACACAUUUAGAUCAAAUCUGAAGAAGAAGUUUGAGUGUCUGUAUGAGGGAACAUCGACGCAGGAAAACCUGACCUUCCUGAAUGAGAUCUACACAGAGCUCUACAUCACAGAGAGUGAGAGUGGAGAGAUCAGUAAUGAGCACGAGGUGAGACAGAUUGAGACACAAUCCAGGAGAGCAGCAACCGAGGACACACCGAUCAAAUGUAGUGACAUCUUUGGAGCUUUACCUGGACAAGACAAACCCAUCAGAACUGUGCUGACAAAGGGAGUCGCUGGAAUUGGAAACAAAACAGUCUCUGUGAAGAAGUUCAUCCUGGACUGGGCUGAAGGGAAAGAGAAUCAGGACGUCCAGCUCAUAUUUCCACUUCCUUUCAGAGAGAUCAAUCUGAUGAAGGACAAAACACUCAGUCUUUCAGAUCUUCUUCAGGUCUUUUUCCCUGAAACAAAAGAAAUAGACAUUUUCAGUGAUGAAUAUGAAGUGAUGUUCAUCUUUGAUGGUCUGGACGAGUGUCGUCUGUCUCUGGAUUUUCAGAGUGAUGUGAGGUUGUGUGAUGUAAGUGAAUCAGCCUCAGUGGAUGUGCUGCUGACGAACCUCAUUGUGGGGAAUCUGCUUCCCUCUGCUCUCAUCUGGAUCACCUCCAGACCAGCAGCAGCUGAUCUCGUCCCCUCUGAGUGUGUCCAUCGAGUGACAGAGGUACGAGGCUUCAAUGAUCCACAGAAGGAGGAAUACUUCAGGAAGAGAAGCAGUGAUCAGAGUCUGGCCGAUAGGAUCAUCUCACACCUGAAGUCAUCAAGGAGCCUCUUCAUCAUGUGCCACAUCCCAGUGUUCUGCUGGAUCUCAGCCGCUGUUCUGGAGAUGAUGUUGAGUCGAGCAGAGAGUGGAGAGAUUCCCAAGACUCUCACUCAGAUGUACACACACUUCCUGACGGCACAGAUUAACAUCAAAGACACAAAGUACAAUGAGAAGAAGGAUACAGACGAAGAAAUGGUUUUCAAAAUGGGGAAACUUGCAUAUGAGCAACUGGAAAAAGGCAACCUGAUCUUCUAUGAGGAAGACCUGAGAGAGUGUGGCAUUGAUGUGACAGAAGCAUCAGUGUACUCAGGAUUGUGCACUCAGAUCUUCAGAGAGGAGUUGGGCUUGUAUCAGGGGAAAGUCUUCUGCUUUGUUCAUCUGACUGUUCAGGAACAUCUAGCGGCUCUAUAUGUGCACCUUUCCUGUAUAAACCAAAACAUAAAUGCAUUUGACCUAAUUUUGGCCAAAAAAAAUCUUCAAGUUUCUGACCUGUAUAAGAGAACUGUAGAUGAUGAAUAUAACUCAAAGUUCUCUAAAUAUUCAAUGUCAAUAUAUUCAUUUUCUGAGCUGCAUCAGAGAGCUGUGAAUGAGGCUUUACACAGCAAAAACGGACAUUUGGACCUUUUCCUUCGUUUUCUAUUGGGUCUGUCAGUGGAGUCUAAUCAGGCUCUCUUACGGGAUCUAAAGAUACAGAAAGAAACCUGCUUCUACAACAAAGAGGAAACUGUUAAAUAUAUCAAUACGAUUAUCAGGAAAAGUCCAUCUCCAGAGAAAUCAAUCAAUCUUUUCCACUGUUUAAAUGAACUGGGUGACCAUUCUCUCAUGGAGGAAAUUCAACACUAUCUCAAAUCUGGUAAAGUAAAAGAAAUUGAGCUCUCACUUUCUCAGCGGUCAGCUCUGGUUUUUGUGUUGCUGACUUCAGAACAGGAGAUGGAUAUGUUUUGUCUAAGCAAAUAUACAGGAUCACACAUGACUCCAGAUGAAGUUCUUCAGACACUUCUACCUGUGAUUAAAGCAUCAAGAUCAGCUCAGCUUGAUGACCGUAAUUUAACAGAGAUAAGCUUCACUCAUCUGGCUUCAGUGCUCAGCUCAAACUGUUCGUGUCUGAGAGAUCUGGAUCUGUCUGGGAAUUAUCUGGGAAAUUAUGGAGUAGAGCUGUUUUGUGCUGGACUAAAGAAUCCUCACUGUAAACUGGAGAAACUAGAGUUGAUGUGUUGUGGUGUCACAGAUAAGGGUUGUGCUGUUCUGGCUUCAGCUCUGAGAUCAAACCCCUUACACCUGAGAGAACUCAAUCUGGAAUGGAAUAAACUGCAGAAAGGCAUCAAGCUGCUCACCGAUCUUCAGAAGAAUCCAUACUAUAAACUUGAGACACUGAGGUUCAAUGAUAUGUAUGUCACAGCUGAAGGUUGUGCUGCUCUGGCUUCAGCUCUGAGAUCAAAUCCCUCACACUUGAAUCUGUGUGAGUGUAAUCUGGGAGAAUCGGGCAUGAAGCUUCUAUCCACUGUACUAGAAAAUCCUCACUGUAAAGUGAAAACACUCGAAUUGAGGAAUUGUGGAAUUACAGCUGAAAGUUGUACUGCUCUGGCUUCAGCUCUGAGAUCAAACCCCUCACAUCUGAGAGAACUGGAUCUGACAUGGAAUCAUCUGGGAGAUACUGGUGUGACACUGCUCUGUGCUGGACUGGAGAAUCCUCACUGUAAACUGCAAAUAUUGAAGUUGGGGCACUGUGCUAUCGCAGCUGAAGGUUGUGCUGCUCUGGCUUCAGCUUUGAGAUCAAACCCUGAACACCUGAGAGAACUGAAUCUGACAUGGAAUCAUCUGGGAGAUACUGGUGUGACACUGCUCUCUGCUGGACUGGAGAAUCCUCACUGUAAACUGGAUAUACUGAGGUUGAGUUAUUGUGGAGUCACAGAUGAAGGUUGUGCUGCUUUGGCUUCAGCUCUGAGAUCAAACCCUGAACACCUGAGAGAACUGGAUCUGUCUGGGAAUAAACUAGGAGUGCAUCUGAUUUCUCAUCUAAAGAAUGAUCCACGUUAUAAGAUAGGGUUGCAGCUAUAAGUGCAAUAUCCAGAACAAAUGCAUAUCCAAAUCUCCAGGAGAAAAUUAAGCCAACAAUCUGUAUGAAAAAAAUCAGGAAAUUUAACUUAAAAAAAAAAAAAAAAAAUCCAACCAAUAGUAUUCAAUAUAACAUAGCAAUUCAAUUCAGAAUAGUCCAGAUAUGCAAGCAUUCUCAGUGGUAAAGAGAACACAGAUUUGAUCGAUCUGCUCAAUGUAUUUGAGCCACACUGAAACAUUAGCAUUGCAUUAGUAGAGCUGCAUUAUUAAUCUCUUAGAUUUAAAUAAAUUAUUAUGGUGCAGCAGCCUUAUUU